GCGGCGUCCGGCGAAUGGUACGAUCUGGACUAUUAUCCCGAGAUGGAGCCGCUCAUCCACGAGCACUGGAAGCACUUUCCUCCGGUUUCCUAUCUCUGGCACCUGGCACUGGCCAUCAUCGUUCUACUGCUGGGAGUCAUUUCCAUCUCGGGAAACGCCGCGGUGGCCUAUAUUUUUACGCAAACGAAAGGCUUACGCAACCCGUCCAACGCGCUGAUUGUCAACCUGGCCAUCUCCGACUUCGGCAUGAUGAUCACGAACUGUCCGAUGUACUUCAUGAGCAGUCUGAAAGGCAAAUGGAUAUUCGGCGUGCAAGCGUGCCGCUUCUAUGGCUUCACUGGCGGCAUAUUCGGCUGCGCGUCCAUCCUCACCAUGACAGCCAUCGCCGUCGACAGAUACCUUGUGAUAUGUAAACCCUUCCUGAUCAUGAAGAGCGCCAUGACCCGUGAACGCGCCAAACUGGCCGUGGCUUGCGUAUGGAUAUACAGUGCAAUCUGGGCAUCGCUUCCUCUUACGGGCAUCAGCGAUUACGUAUUGGAGGGCUUCCUGACCACGUGCACCAUCGACUACAUGAACCAAGCCGCUGCCAGUCGAACCCUCAUCUUCUGCUUCUUCAUGGGCGCCUACGUGGCCCCGCUGACCACCAUCGUCGUCUGCUACUCCCUCAUCACGCUAGAAGUCUACCGCCACGCCAAGAAGUUCAAGCACGCCGCCAACCGCACGGCGGCCAGCAAGGGCGCAAAGGCCAAUGAGGAAGAAAUCAAGAAAAAGAAGGAGCUCAAAACCGCCAAGAUUGCAGGCAUGAUCAUUGCGCUAUGGGUGUUCGCCUGGACACCUUAUGCUACAGUCGCACUGAUAGGUAUCGCCACCAACGGCAGCUUGCUGACGCCCAUCGUGUCCCAGUUACCGGCGCUUUUCUGCAAAACAGCCGCCGUCUACAAUCCCAUAGUCUAUGCUAUCAGUCACCCAAAGUAUCGCGCCGCUCUCCGCCACAAAUUCCCCUUCCUAAUCUGCAUCCGCGAAGCGGACGACGAGGAGCGCAGCACCAGCGGACAGCGCGGCGCGUCCUCCUCGACGAUGUCCAAAAGCCGCAGCGACCUGCGCAAACAGAUCAGCACCACCUCGCAGACCGGCAGCGUCGACUCAGAGCUCUCCAACGUGGACGCUCCCGAUACCGUUGCCACGCCCCAAGGCGGUCGACGGCGCUCGUCCAAACGCAGCCGGGUGGCGCCGGCUCCCGCCCAACCGGAAGUGGUCCUGACGGCGCUCCCGUCCGCGGCCGAAGCGCAGCAGGCGACAGUGGUUCGGGAGAUGGUUGCCACGUACUCCAAGAGUGAACAGCCGACGGUGGCGUUUAUACGGACGAGUUCCGGCCGCAACCCUCCGCAAUCAGGUACAUAUUAAGACGACGAUGUCUGGAUUAAGGAGAAUGCGGUCAGUGUAGAGUUAUCAACGUUCCCGUCACCCGACGUUCCGCCUCCUGUUCCUCCUCGUAUGGAAAGCAGCUGCUUCUUGUACCAACGCCAGUUGUCGACGUACGAUC